AUGACAUGCCGAACAGAAUUGGCCACGACAUCUGUGAAAUCGGUACCCACUACCACCCUCACCACAACUAUCCAUGGCAAGCAUACAGUGGUCGUGUACUCGACGGCCCGCGACACUGUGAUCUACACUCCUGUGUCGACCGAGACAGCUACUGACUAUACUACCACUACUUUGACGUCGACUGCCGAUGCAGUCACCGACACCUUCUCGACGACUUCCACUGUGUUCGAUACUGCUACCCUGACGGUGACUGCUGAUCCCACUACAAUCACGUUUGUGUCAACCACUUCCACCGUGUCCACCAGGACAUACACCAUUGCUGCUGCUGGAGGAUUCACUCCAAUUGUCGACACGCUUACUGCUCCCACGCUUCUCAAGCGGGCCUUGCUAGAAGAAGAGGACACUUGCUCUCCGUGGAUAGAUGACUACAAGUACCCCAAAGCAGUGGAGUGCCACGAAAAGCUUAUAAUCAAGCCCACAACCACCUCUGUCAUCACCGCUACUCCUUUCACUGCUACCGCUACGACCUCAACCACCACUGUGACUGUUACAAGCACCGUUACCACCAGCUCUAUCGUCUUGCCAUCCGAUGUGUCCACCACUCUGAGCUUCAGCACCACUUCGACCAUCACAGAGACGACCUCCGUCCCUGGUGAAACUUCUGCAGCUACUAUUACUGCCACUGUUCUCGGCACCGUCAGCGCCACUUCUGUCUACGCCGCCUGCGCUACCCCCAACAUCGCGUCCGCUCCUCUCGGUGCCGAGUUUGGCUCUAAUGCAGGGCAGAGGAUCUCUCAGAUGGUGCUUAGCAACAUUCCAGGCCAGCAACUCCGCGUUGGCAACUCCGCGUCUGCGUAUGACUGCUGCGCCUCUUGCAUGGCAGAUGCUGCCUGUGCAAUGGGGUGGACGAGUGAGGAAGGCACUUCCUCCAAGUAUUGCUAUUUCAUGGAAACUCGUUUGUGUUCUCAAUCUGAGACCUUUGCCCACGCGUAUCUGUCGUCAACUUCUCCCGUCGGUUUCCAGGCUUUUAAUGGAAACUGUGGGAAAGUUAUUCUCUAA